CAUGGCGCUUGGAAGAAUCGGCGUCUGCAUCCGAGUACUGCUUCAUGAUAUUCCCUCAAAGGGAUUACGUCGUGGCCUCAUACAAUCUGACUGUAUGACAUGCAGGGUAGGAGCAAAAAGGCAUCUGCUGUCAGAGGAUGUUGUCAAGCUACAAGAAUUUCAGCAGCGGAAACUGGCAGUGGCUCAUCAAGUGUCCGGAUCAAAAAGUCAUUAUUUUGAGGUAUUUAAUCAGAAGCUGAUGAAGAAACAGCUCAUAUUGAAGGAUGAGUUAAAGCUGCUUCUACACCUUUGCCAAUCUGCAGAGGACAUGGUCACAGCCAGAGGUGCCAUCUACAGGUACCAUGAGGAGAACAGUAACGUAGCAUUUGGAGAGUUUAAGUUUGGUCCUCUCUUCAUGAGGCUGUGCUAUGAACUGGGGCUGGAGGAGAUGGCUGCUGCCACACUGACAGACAAGGAUUUGAGAGGAUUCUUCUCGGACUCAACCUCCUUCAAUAUUGCCAUAGACAUGCUGUUUAUGAAAGGAUUAUAUGAGAGUGCUCUGGAUGUACUGCGAGACAUGAAGAACCAAGGUGUGCCAUUCAACAAGGACACAUUCACAUUAGCAACUGGUACUUGCUAUAAACUGAACACUCCAGAGUCCUAUAGAAUCUGUACUGCCCUGAUGGAGGAGGGACAGACCAAAGGACACAUGAUACCCAGACACGCCUACUGCUUCACUGUGGCUCUAGCACUUAGACAGAAUGAUGUUGAAAAAGCACAAUCCAUGUUUGGUCAGAUUAUGAGCACAGACAGCAGAAUAUGCCAAAAUCUCAAAGUUCUGAUACUGGCUAUGACAGGAGCUGUAAAAGAAUCCCUCUUCAUCCUGACCCUAGCCUUGGGCUCUAGCAGCACUGUCUUUAUCAAGAAGCCUGAAUUUGCACAGGAAGUGGUGGACCUGGUGCGUUUGCGGAGUGAGGGCAGUCCUUUGAUGGCGGGUGUGGAGGAGGCAGUGUCCCGUCUCCAAAAUGCCGGUCAGGUGACACAACGGAGCCUGGACGAGAUGUUGUGUCACACCCCCACGGGGAAGAGGAGGAUGCCCAUAGGAAUGAUGGAGGAGAGAUUGAUCAGCCGGAGGACUCUGAGGCCCCUGCAGUCCACUCUGCUCUCAGAGUGAGGAGGAGGACUAGGUGUAUCUCUCAGUAUGUUGGAGGGGAUCGGUUCGUGGUGCAGAAUCGCCAAUCUUGACCCCACAAUGAGUAGUUAUUUGGGAUGCAAGGUGAUUUGUAGAUCAGUGAUUCUGUGCAGUUCGACUGCAAUGUAGUCAUCCUAAACUUUAGCUGUCCCAGUCAUGGCCGUCUCACACCACUCAAAAGGGACUGAACAGAGAUGGUCUCUGUGAAAUCAACCUUUCCUCUCAACCAGAGACCCCUCGGUAUCCUUCCUUCUUGCUAUUUUUGGUCUAUCCUAAAAUAUGCUUUAGGAUGGAACCGAUAUACUUGUAAGUUCAAUGGCUUGGGAGAUCCUUCAGAGCCUUUCAGAAAGAACAAACUCAUGGCUGUGGAAAGGCUCCCUUGAAUUCAAGGGAUGCUCACCUCACAUCAAUGCAACACUAUAACAUCAGACAUUGACAGCAAUGUGUGGAAAGAAGAAUGUAAGGUUAUGUGAGACACCUGUAAUUGUUUGAUCAAAAUGUAUUAAAUAUUCAAUGCAA